CUUGUGUUUACUGUCAGCUGUAAAACACAUUGACAUCAACAACUGUGCUGGAGUUUGGAGCAGCGAUAUGAAAAUAAUUUAUGUGUAAAUGUGCACAACUAAAUUGCAUUUACAGUUUAAGACUGUUGCAAGUGUUUCGCAAUGGCUUUGGUAAGAAAAAGGAAGGAACUGAGAUCAUAACAGCGUAUCUACCAGCUACUCAAACUAAAAAUUGCAACUUGAAGUCAAACAACUCCACAACGAUAUAUACUUAUGUGAAUUUCUUCAAAGUGAAAUGAUGAACUCCAGACUCUCAUCUCUGAUCCUGCUGUUACACAUUCAAGGGUCUCUAACAUUGAACAGCUUUACUGUGACCUGUGAUGAACAGAAUAUUUGUGCUGUGAGAGGGGCACAGGUGACACUGAAGUGCUCUUACUCAAACAUCAACAUCAAAACUGGGUUCUGGUUCAGCCAAAAACAGAAAACAAACUGGAGAAACAAAGAUGAACCUGAAGAUUUGACUUUAGAUUCAGAUUACUCAGGACGAGUGAAACAGGAGAUUACAAACCGCAAAUCAGAGCUCUUAAUAGAUGAUGUGAGAGAGAGAGACAGUGGAGAAUAUCAGCUCAUGAUCAUUAUGAAGGAUGGAGUUAAACAUCUCAGCUCAGUCACAGUCAAUCUAACAGUCACAGUUUUACAGGUGAAGAUGAAUCCUGAAUCUACAGAUGGACGAGUAAAACUGAGCUGUAAUUCUUCCUGCAAUCUCUUAUCUGAAAAUAAAUACUACUGGUACAGGAAUGGACAUUAUUUAACCUACAGCACAAACAUAUUAGUGCCAUCCAGAGGAAACACUAACCGCUAUUUCUGCUCUGAGUUUGACAAAUACUCUCAAUCUUCUUCUGUAUGUGUUUCUAACAGGGGCUGUUGGGGUGUGACUUACACCUCUACAAGAGUUUGUGCUUUAGUGGGAUCAACAGUAGAUAUUCACUCUUCAUACUCACAUCCCACUGGAGAUACAGUAGAGAAAACAUACUGGCGUUUACCAAACAAUAAUCCUUCAAUAUAUCAAGAUCUGCGUGAAUAUCAAGAUCAGUUUGCUGGUCGUAUGCAGUUUGUGGGAAACACACUGAGAAUCAAAGACGUCAAAAUGAGUGACUCUAGUGAAUAUCGAUUCAGGAUCAUCAGUAACACAUCAAAUGGAUUUUCUGGUUUACCUGGAGUCCUUCUUAAUGUUACAGAUACACAGGUGAUAAGCAGCCCAAACCCUGUGAUAGAUGGAGAAAAAGUGAUAUUAAGCUGUUCAACCAAAUGCACUCUGGAUAACAAACAUACUUACAUCUGGUAUAAGAAUGGACAACAGGUAACAGAUGGAUUGAGAUUAUUAAACAAGCUGUACCUGAACUCAAUCAACAGUAAGGAGAUACAAGAGUAUUCAUGUACUGUAAGAGUAACAAAGCAUAUCUCAGUGUUUGGUCAGCUCACAGUCUGUCUGCUGGUGUUUCUGCCUCAGUUUCUCAUUUUAGGAGCUCUGUGGAUGUGGUUUUUCAUCAGCAUGAACAAAUUAAAAUCUAAAAACAGAACUGAUGACAAACAUGAAGAGACUCAAGUCGUGCACAUGUCUGUGUGUAGAUCAGCUGAACUGCUGGAGUGAUGUCACAACUCUCUCUAUGACAUCAUCACCUAUCAAAAAUCUCUCAGCAGUGACAUUUUGAUGCAGUGAUGUCACAUACAGUAACAUAAUAAUGACAAAAUUUAACAUCUCAAUGCCUAAAUUCUGAAAAAACUUUGCUAUUGCACAUCUUUAUACAAAUGAUACUGCAAUCUACUCAAUUACAUCUUCACUAAAUCAGAUUGUUCAACUGCUAAUCUCUUUACAUGGGUUUUAGAACUUAUUGCUUAGAAAAGUAUAAGCAGACUUCACAAUGCCUAAAUCUUGCAAAAACAUUGUAAUAUUUCGGAUUAGAUGCAAAACGCACAGGAGAAUGUAGAGGAAAACAAAGUAUGAAAUUUAAUUAAUAAACAAAAGUUUUUUAGGUUAAUAACCAAAGAUGAACAUUAAAUUAUCCUGCUGUACACAACACAAUAGCUCUGUACUGUACAUCAUCAAAGCAACAAGCAUUAUUUCAUGUAUUAAGUUAUAAUUUCAGUUGUUAAAUUACAGUAUAACUAAUACUUAUUUUAUAUAACUCCCUGACAUUUUUUCUGUCUGACAAGACACAAACACAACACUUUGUUAUAAUAUAUGUUAUAAUUCAUACAAUAUGACAUCAAUGCUUUAGAGUACUUUCUGAAAUACUCCUUAACUCACUUGUCUUUUUUGUGCUGAGUGUAAAAAAAUUAUGGUUUCGUUUGACAUCUUCUGGUUAUAAGUUAUUUGUAAAUUUCACUGUUUUAUGGCUUUUUUCAUAGUUAAGACCUAAAUUAAAUCUACUAUUUAAUAAAUGUUUUAUAUAGGGUGAAUGUACAGUAGUAUGCAUAUGAUUCGCCAUUUCACCUCUAUGUUUGGCAACCAAUGAUGUAAUAACAACAACCACACACAAAUUCUCAGGUAUUACAUUUUAUGUUUUUACAGUAUUACUUAAAUGAGUGGUAAAUACAAAAAAAUGUAACUUGAUUAUUUUUUUAUAUAAGGGGCAUUGUAUUUAA